AUGACUUGCAAAUUGACUGCUCUGUCGGCACUAAUUGGAUUGUUUCACGCUUCUUCUUCGCUCUUGGGAAAGGCAAUUGCGCAAUCACUGCAAACCAGAACAUCUAAAGCCGAAGUCUUCGAUUAUAAUUGUGUACAUGUCAUAUUCAAAGCCGAUCAUGUACGGUUACGUGUGAAUGAUGCAUGUUCCGCGCUCAAAAAUUCGCCCGAGCUUUCACAAUACCCAGCAUACCUUAAAGAAAAUUACAUGUUUGGCGAAGAAAAUUAUGGCAGACUUAUUUCUUGGCCCUUAUUCCUGAGAGACAUGAGAUAUCAGGGGGGAAAUACGGGACCCUUCCGGAUAAUCAUCACAACUUCCUGCGAUCUUGUCGCUGUUGCCGUCAUCGUUAAGCCCAGAAAUGGAAAUAAAGAAGCCAGUUUAGUUUCCUGCCCUCAAUUCAUAACGAUCGGAAGCCAACCCGGACCAAUUCCAAGUAAUGGUGAGGCGGUAGACGAAUUUGCUAGAUUUAAAUGCGGCGAAAAUGUAAUGUUUACGAAAAAUUUUGCUUCUGAACUCGUGAAUCGGGGGUGCAAAAGAGAAAUCAUAAAGCAUAAAUUUGUCACACCACCGCACCAAAAGAAUAUAUUUUCUUCCAGCAAACUAUUGAUGUUUCCACCCAAGUCAACUGAACAACAUCUCGGAAUGGGCCAAUCCAAAUAUUACGGUGCCGUCUUUGAUAAUGAAUGCAAUUUAUACGGUAUGAUCUACAGCGAAGACGGGGGUGUCAAGCGAUGUUCAGAAGCAAGGGUAAUUCAGUUUAAUCCUAACAAUGCUGAAAAGCGGCUCAAUGAUGCAAAUGACGAGUCGAUCUUAUUACAUAAGAAGAACACGAUUCCAUGCGCCGGUCAAAACCUAAAUUUGCGAAUGGUCAUGGACAAUCUAAAUGUGGUCAGGCCUUUACUUGAAGAAAAGUUGCGAAAUCCCCCCACAGCAAGUAAUUAUCCUAUGAUGACACAAGAAGGACGGGUAUGGUUAUGGCCAAUCCGCUCGCAAGAGAACAUCUCAGAAAAAUACAAAAAGAAUCAUUUGUUUUUCAUGCUAGGUGUAGACUCAGCAGGGAAAAUGAUAGAUAUUUAUUAUACAACGUCUCGUAGACCAGAUUUAAGGAAAUACACCCGCUGCACAAAAAAGCAUAAAAUUGAGGAACAAAUAGACUCACAUGUAUCUUUAAAACUUCCAGUAGUUAUAAACAAUCUGGAUAGUGAGGAGGAGUAG